GCAAGAGUGGGGUAUAGUGUCCACGGGUCACUUGACUUUGCAUGUGCGGUGGUGUGCGUGGCAUAUAUAGCAAAGUAUGGUUAAAAUUGGUAGCAUUCAAAUGUAAUGUAAUUGACAUGAAAUGUUCCCCUUUUGUUUCAAUAUACUAUAUAAUAAGGAUUAAUUACCUGCAGUAUAUUAUUCAGGUGUUAACUAUUUCUUUGCACAGAGUAAACUGUUAUCGACUAUAUUUCUUAUCAAUACAAGAUUCCAAAAAAACAUGCAGAAAUUUAGAAGAGCUCAAGCACAAAAUAAAGUAGCAAUUAAUAAGCAUUUAGAAGCAAAUGCUCAUUUAGAAUCAUCCAGUGAGGAUGAAGAUGACAUAGGUGCAGAGGAUAUACAAAAUGUGGUUAGCAAAGUACUAUCUGCCUACCAUGGAAGAGAGGCAGAUGCAGAAAAGAUUUUAUCAUACUUAAUUAAUAUAUUUCAAUCCGGUAGCGCGGUUUGUUUAAUAUGUAUUUCAACAAUAAGAAAAGCAGAUCCGAUCUGGAACUGCAGUAAGUGUUUUGCUUUUUUACAUUUAUCCUGCAUACUACAAUGGAUACGUGAUAGUUUAAAUGUUAAACGUGAAAAAGGUAUUGCUCCAGUAUGGGCAUGUCCAAAUUGUCGUACGGAGUAUAGGCAAGAUGAAAUUCCUCGUAACUAUACAUGCUUCUGCAAAAAAGUUGUGGACCCUGCAUUUCAUCCAUGGAAUAUUCCACACUCUUGUGGAGAUACUUGUGACAAACUUUUGCAACCAGAGUGUGGCCACAAAUGUGUUUUACUCUGUCAUCCUGGGCCAUGUCCUCCGUGUGCUAAGACAGUGUCGGUUAAAUGUUUUUGUGGCAAACAAGCACCUCAACAACGAAGAUGCAAUGCCAAAGAAUGGAGUUGCGGUACUGCAUGUAACAAAAAAUACAAAUCAUGCUCUCAUACUUGCAAGGAAUUAUGUCAUGAUGGUGACUGCCCUCCGUGUCCAGAAAUGUUGCUACUUGAAUGCCACUGUAAGAGUUACAAGGGUGUAACGCAAUGUUCGGAAGGUGCAUUAAAGUGCGAUAAACCUUGUCGCCGACCUCUAUCUUGUAACGUUCACUUUUGUCAGAGCACAUGCCAUUUACCUGGAGAAUGUGGUCCUUGUCCUCUGGAAAAGAACAGAACAUGUCCCUGUGGGAAAAAGCGUUACGCGAUUUCUUGCAAACAGGAACAACUACCCACAUGCGGCGACACGUGUGGCAAACUACUAGAUUGUGGUUCACAUUUUUGCAGCAUGAGAUGUCACACGAAUCGAUGUGGACAAUGCUUGGAAGUGGUCAAAAAGUCAUGUCGUUGCGGAAGUUAUAAAAAAGAAAUUGCCUGCGGCAAAGAAUUUCACUGCACUAAAAAAUGUACGCAAAUGCGACUAUGCGGAAGGCAUUUGUGCAACAAGAAAUGUUGCGAUUGUUUGACCAAGAAUACGUUUAACUUAUGCGAAAAAGUUUGCGAGAACACUUUAAACUGUCGCAAGCACAAAUGUUCGGCUCCAUGUCACAACGGCCCUUGUUAUCCGUGUGUGCUUACCGACGUUAUUCAAUGCAGAUGUGGUUACAAUAAGAUAACAGUACCAUGCGGUACAACAAAGAGAAUUAAACCACCGCCUUGUAACAAGCCGUGUAAGAUACCGCCGAUUUGUCACCACCCUAAAAGAGAAACUCAUAAAUGUCAUCAAGGUCCGUGUCCACCUUGUAAAAAAAUUUGCGAUUUAGUAUAUAAACGAUGCGGUCAUUCGUGCAUUGCCAUUUGCCACACGAAAGUCUGGGUAAAAGUAAACAAGAAUGAUCUGAAUGCACAUGCUACGGGGCCAUGGGAAAUACAGAAAGAAACCAAGCAAUUGAAAACGCUACCGUGUCCACCAUGCGAAGUAUCAGUACCAGUUACAUGUUUAGGAGGCCAUGAGACGCGUCCAUGGCCUUGUCAUAUGGCCAAACCCACAUCUUGUGGAAGGCUCUGUGGAAGAACGUUAUCCUGUACGAACCAUAAUUGUGAAUUCGUUUGCCACAAAGUACAAUCCGACAAUGGUAAAAAUAGUACCCCAUGCAUGGAAUGUGAGAAACCAUGUUUAUUCCCGCGACCACAAGGUUGUACGCAUUCGUGUCCAAAGCCAUGUCACCCAGCACCGUGUAGUCCUUGUAAACAACUAGUUAAAAUUUCAUGUCAUUGCGGUAUAGUCACUUUGUACCGAAGAUGCGUCGAAUUAACAUCGGCUACAGUGGAGCAACGUAAUCAAUUGCUCAAAUGUGGGAACCAGUGUCCUAAAAAUUAUCCUUGUGGACACCGAUGUAUGAAUGACUGCCAUCCCGGUGUAUGUAAGAACGAUAAUGAGUGCAAUAAAAAUGUUAAGGUACUCUGUCCGUGCAAACGGAUCAAGAAGAACUUUGUGUGUUCUAUAAUACAAAAGCAACAAAUACACGUGCAAUGCGAUGAUAUUUGUAAGAAAUUGAAAAAUGAGAAAUGCGAAGCGGAAGCGGCUUUGCUGGAGCAGAAACGACAAGCCGAAGAAAUACGUAAUCAAGAAGAGAUUGAGAAAUUUGAACGAAAAUUCAAACCACGUCGCAAAGGAAAAGAUAAGUCUGACAGGAAACAGUUACAAACAGGAACGAAUAAAAACUAUUGGAAAUACUGGAUUUUAGCAAUUUUAAUGUGCAUAGUAGGCAUAGUAAUAUAUUGUGUGUGUUCAGAAGAUGUGCACCAUUUUUAAGGAGUAUGAAGCCUAAUAAGCACAGUGUCAGUAAUUCUCCUUUAUUUUAACUUAGGACUUGGAAUAUUAUAUAUUAUGAAACA